AUGGACGGACAAGUCAUCCCUGGUACUGGUGAGGACGGUAUGGACGGACAAGUCAACACUGGUCCUGGUGAGGACGAUAUUGACCAACAAGUCAUCACUGGUACUGGUGAGGACGAUAUCGACCGACAAGUCAACACUGGUCCUGGUGAGGACGAUAUCGACCGACAAGUCAACACUGGUCCUGGUGAGGACGAUAUUGACCGACAAGUCAACACUGGUCCUGGUGAGGACGAUAUUGACCGACAAGUCAUCACUGGUACUGGUGAGGACGAUAUCGACCGACAAGUCAACACUGGUCCUGGUGAGGACGAUAUUGACCAACAAGUCAACACUGGUCCUGGUGAGGACGAUAUUGACCGACAAGUCAACACUGGUCCUGGUGAGGACGAUAUCGACCGACAAGUCAACACUGGUCCUGGUGAGGACGAUAUUGACCGACAAGUCAACACUGGUCCUGGUGAGGACGAUAUUGACCGACAAGUCAACACUGGUCCUGGUGAGGACGAUAUUGACCGACAAGUCAACACUGGUCCUGGUGAGGACGAUAUUGACCGACAAGUCAACACUGGUCCUGGUGAGGACGAUAUCGACCGACAAGUCAACACUGGUCGAUAUUGA